AUGGCCGAUGUCACAUGGGAUGAAAUUCGUAAUUUACGAGCUGAUUUUCUUAAUUUACAAUUAACAGAAACAGCUAACAAACUAUCCGAACGAAAUUGUGUUGAAUUAAUUGGUCUUUUAGUUAAAGAAGGUUUAUUAAAUGUAAUUUAUACAACCGAUGGAAAAGAUAUUAUUACUGAGCAACGACUUAUUCGAGAAAUUCUCGAUGAAAUUUAUGCUAAUGGAGGCCGUAUCAAUAUUGUUGAUUUGGCUCAACAUCUACGAAUUGAUUUGAGUUAUGUUGAAAAUAAAAUUGGUGAUGUUUGUAAAGAAGACUCAACAUUACAAUUCACUCUUGGACAAUUUAUUUCAGCUGAUUAUACAAAUCGUUUGAUUGAAGAAAUAACUGAUAUUUUAGUUGAACGUGGUCUUAUUGCAUUCAGUGAAUUAAUUCGUCAAUUUGAUUUACCUACCGAAUAUUUAAAUUCAAUAGUAACCAAUCGAAUAAUUGGUUCAUCACAACAUAAUAUAAAAUAUGAAUCUGGAACAUUAUAUACAGAAAACUACGUUCGUUUACAACAAAAUAUUCUUAUUGGCUAUCUACAAGGCGCACUUUUACCUUUACGUGUUAAUGAAUUAAUCAAAAAUACGUGUAUUAAUGAAAAUCUUGUUCAAAAUCUUAUUGUUAAUUUAAUUCGAGAAAAUCGAAUCAAUGGAAAUCUUAUCGGAACCACCAAAGAAAAUUCAAUAUUUUAUCCAAAACUUUAUACUGAUGCUCAAGCGAAAUAUAUUGAAUCGUUUUUUUCGCAAAAUGGUUAUAUUGAAUAUUCUCUUGUUCGUAAUCUUGGUGUCAAUGAUCCUGAAGGACAAACAAAAUCAGUAUUAAAAGAUCGAAAUCAAAUUCUGUUUUCAACAUCUGGCUGUAUCGAUCUGUUGAAAUUUUUACCACAAUUGGAAAUGAAUAUUGAAAGCGGUUUAGUUUCAAAUGAAUAUGUCGAUGUCACAACAUUAAUGCCAAAUAGUUUUAAUGACAAUGAUAUUGAAAAAUUAUUUAAAUCAGAAACUUCAAUUAAAGAAUUAGUGAAAUCCUUAGGCGGCGAAUUUAUGUCGAAUACAUUUAUUAUUGGAAAAGAAUUACAAGAAAAAAUUGACAAGAAACUCAAUGAAAUUUGUCAAGAAUAUGCAGAAAAAGAAUCUGCUCAAUGUACACCACAAAUGUAUGCAUCUGUUCUUCAAGGUAACAUUACCCUAUCGAGUCCAUCAGUAGCGAAAGGUGCCACUGCAAAAAAAACGACUGCGUCUGGUGGUAAACGAAAAGGUGCAUCGAAAACUGUUGAAGAUACAAAUCCUAAUCAAGAAGCAAUAUCUUUUAUCAGUAAAGAUGAUAUAAAAUCUCAAAUUCAAACUAUCAAUGAAGAAUUACCUGGUGAAAUAGUCGAUUUAUUAGUAGACAAUCUCUAUAGUGCAAAAAGUCGUCAAUAUCUUGAUUUAUUUAUUCAACGUGUAAAAGAAAGUUUUACAUUGAAAGAAACUGAAACAGGUAAUGAUACAACAAGAAAGAGUGAAAAGAAAAAUACACAAGAAACCAUUAAACAAUUACAUGGAAAUAUUUGUAUAUUUUCACAUUCAAUUGAACAAUUAAUGGCAGAAAAUGAAACUAAUCUUGCUGAAAAUUUACAACGACAUUUAAUUCGUUCACUUUGCACUGAUAUGUGUGAUGCCAUCAUACGAGAACUUGAUUCAUCAGCGAAUGCUAAAACUGGCCAAUUAUCAAUUGAAGAACGAAAUAAAAUUAUUCAAAAAAUGUCUGAACCAAAUCGAAGUCAAUUAUCAAAAGUUAAUGAAUCACUCAAUGGCAAAAAUGUUGACACAACCUUGACUCGACUCGAAGAUGCUUGUAGUGAAUUACUUCAAUUAAUAUUAAAACGACCAAAUAAAAAAUCCGAAAAAGAUUUAAUAUUGGAAAUUCGUGAAAAACUUAAAUCAAAAUUAACCGAUGAACAAGAUCCAGCAAUGAUACUCCAUUUAACAGUCACUCUUCUAUUCUAUGCUGUGCAGGAUGGCCGAUUUAUUCAUGCACCUGGCAAGUCAGUACCAACAUUAAUUAAAUUUUUAUCAAAAAAUCUUCCGACUAAUAUCAAUCAGCGAUUACAUGAAAUGCAAGAAUUUGUCAUUCAUCAAUCAGCAGCAGGAGCAAGUGCACAAUUGUCAAAUGAAAAAAUUGAAUUUAUUAAGAAAUUAGGCUUGAGUGCAAAAGAAAAGAUGUCAUUUGCAUCUUUUGGAAGCGAAACUAAUGAAGCAUCGUAA